CGCCCAGAGUCGGCCCAGGGGCGCCCCGCUCCGGGACCCGGGGUGCGGCCUCGCCAGACCACCGCACGUACGUGGGGCACAUCCCCCCUCGGUGCCGGGAUACACACACAGGCGCACAGCAUGCAUAUACACACACACACCACACCACACACACACACCACACCACACACACCACACAUAUACACACAUACACACACAACACACACACAACACACCAGAUCACACACAUACACACAUCACACACAACACAUCACACACACACACACACACCACACACACCACAUCACACCACACAUACACACACCAGAUCAUACAUCUCACACACGCGCGCGCGCGCGCGCGCGCGCACACACACACACACACACACACACACACGGCAGAAGGGGGAGGGAAGCAGGCCGGGAGGAGCUGGCCGCGCCGCUGUGACCCUCCAGGUCAGGGCGCCCCGAAGCCGGCGGGGGACGCGCAGCUCCUCCUCCCGGGGUGCUGGCCGCCCUGGGCCUUCCCGACCCCGUCGGGGGCGCCGCGGCCGGGGAAGGUGCCGUCCGCGCGCCCUGGCCCCGGGGCUCAGAACGCAGGCUGGGUCCGGGUGGCUUGGCAGAGCUCGGGACGGCGCCGGGCUGCAGGCCACCGACCCAGAAGGAAGAGUCCGACCCCCAGCCCCGGCCCCGCACCCCCGGCCUCACCCCCAGCCCCGGCCCCGCGCCCCCCGCUCACACCUUCCCCCGGCCGCUGCCUCCCAGCGGCGACGGCGCCGAGCGCGGGCCGGCAGCUCCCGCGGGGACGGUUUCGGCGCCCACGCCCCCGAGGUGACCGGGCGGGCCCUCCCCGCGGACCCCCGCGAGGCGCCGCGCUCCCGCGGUUUUACUUUCGUUAGAGGAGAAGGUGCGGCGGGGUGGACGCCGAGCGCACGGGGCGCCGCGGGUUCGCGCGCGAGAUGCCGCUUCGCGGGCGUCCCCUCCCGGGCCCGACCUGCGCGGCCGGCGGGGGACGGGGCCGCGAGGUUGGCCAGCGCCCCGAGGUCACCCCGAGCUCUCGGGUGCCGCUGCGCCCCUCCCCGGGGUCCCCCUCCGCCGCCCCCGGGCCCGCGGGCGGCCGCGGCCGAGCCGAAGUUCCUAGCCACCGCGAGGGCCCGCCCGGCCCGGCUCCCACCGCGGCGCCCAGCCGCUCGCCUCGGCUCGCUCGUUCGCUUGUUAUCUGGGCCACCCAAUGACCGACGAAAGAUCUCCCCUCCCCGCGUCUCCCAUCGCCGCUUUAAACCAAAUAAAUUUAGCUAUUAAGAGCCAACACGUCUGACCGAGGAUCGAAAGGUGGCUCUCUGGGAUCGCUUCAAGAAGCGGAGGGGCCGGCGGCUCCCGAAUCCCGAUAAAGAAAUUCCACGCCGGCGCCGGCCUCCCUCCGCAGCCUGCCUGAGAUCGCGACCUCAAAAGGUCCAUUUCGACCUGGGGCUGCUAUUGAGGCAUUGUCUUAGGCCCCCUGGCCUGGGUGUGCCAAACACUGGGCCUAACCCUAACCCAGGAGCUGUGGCACCUAAAACAUUCCAGCCAAGCCUGCAGAACCAAAGUCAACGAAGUCCAAAGUACCAUUUAAAUUCGCCCCUUUCUCCCCCUUUAAGACAAAGCUGUCUAUCAUGGGUGGCAGGCUGGCCUCGAACUCAGGAUGCCUCGGGCCUGUGGAGUAUUGGAAGUGUUUGUAGUCUUGUCCUGCCGGUGUUUUUUCUUUUUCCCCCUAAUACUAAUAAAGACAAAACCAAAUCAUGCCUA